ACCAUCUCGGUAUUUAAGAGCCGAUGUUUUGCUCAAGACAUCGUCUGCUAUUGCUUCCUAGUCAUCGUCGUCAUCAUUCUAGAAGGGAUAAGCCCUGGGACAGAGAGAACCUCUCCAAAACUGUUCAUUUCCACUUGCAAAUUUCCAAGACAUCCCCACAUCCCAGAAGACAUCUAGCUGACUGUCGGAAGAAAAAUAAUAAAAGUCUUGAAAAAGAUAACAACGCAAGAAAAACACCAAGUACCUGGACCAAAAUACACAUGGCCAUAAACGAUGCCAGCAAAUAAGAAGACUUUUCGUUUCCGGAUAUAGUAACAAUAACAGUAGACAAAAAUAAAAGAGGGAGAAGGAAUAGAAUACAAAAUCCUUCACUCACAUAUUAAUAAAAUAGUUCAAGAUGUCGCCACGCCAAAAAGUGGAGGAAACUGAAAUCCAGUUGUCGUUUCGACAAACGGAGGUUCCGCGUGCUGUCUACGAGGAGAAGGGACUCGGGUAUCUUCACAAGAUACGCUUGGCGGUGGGCAUGCUACCCAGUGAUGGAGCGGCUUUCUUUGAACACCUGUACAUGCUGCCUGUCCUCCAGACCCUGGGAACACCCGUCGCCUUGGUAACGCUUCCUGGCUGCAUCUCCGCUUCAUUGGCGAUGCUGACGCUACCAGUGUACGGACGGUUCAUUGACAAAGGUUCGAACCCCAGACGCCGGAAGAGGCCCGCCGUGGUGUGCGCGGUGGCGUUGCUGGGCCUUGGGCUGACCUUCAUCUUGUUGGCCAAUGCCUUGCACAUCUGGGGCCAGGGUCCAUCCCACCGCCCCCCUCCCAUUCCUGACCAUCACAACCUCACAGUCACAGGGAACGCGACUGCCGAAAAUUUCUCGAAAACUGCACUUGUUGGAAAAGACUUUGAGAAUGGAACAGUCCAGGAAUCGACAAUCGCGGACUUGGCUUAUGUUCUUCACGAUGAAGUCAGCAGCGGGAACGCGUCCAGCGAUGCAAGUGGGCGACGACUACAGACCGACAUCAUUACCGAGGACCAGGAUGUGGCUGGUGACCAGUCGGGGUUCGGGCUUCCUCCACUGGCGCUGAUCGCCGUGCUGGGUUUCGUGCUGAUUGACUGGGGCUACGACAUGACCAACGUGUCAGUCAAGACAUACAUGAUCUCCUACAGCCCCCGCAUGGACCACGUGUCGCUGCUGGUGCUCGGAGUCUUGAUGGCUUCCGUGGGCGGGUGUUGCACCGCCGUCACUGGUCUCAUCGACCUCGGCUCCCUCAUCACCGAUGCGCCUUGGGUGGCGCAGGUGUGCAAGCAGGCUGUUGUGCAGGUGAGCAUCCUCAUCGCGCUAACUGUGGUCUGCACCCUCUGCUCGGUGUUGUCUGCACCUCAGCAGCAGUACUGGGACCACAUUCCUCCAGAGGGCGGCACCGACGCCGUCGAGCACGUGGCGCGCGGCGGAAAUGACGGCGCUGGCCAGGAGGGGGACGAGGGAAGCGUCAUGGUAGUGGAACACAGCACGCUGACCACAGACAUGCAGGAGAACCUCAUCAUGGCCACCGCCUCGCCCGCGGACGUUCUUGGCCUAUCCACGUCCACGCAGGUGGACCAUCCUCUCCUUGCUCGCAGCAUCAGCGUUCGCUUUCAUCAUUUUAACGACAAAUCCGACAUCAAGGAAUCGAUAGCUGCCUCCAGCAGAAAGUCGUACAACACCAUUUCACUGUCGCAGACCACCAUCAGCAACAGCACCAGAGAAACUAGGAAAAGAUGUCGGUGGCCCAGCAGAGCCACCUUCAACCUCGCCAUCCUCAUGACAUCCAGCUUCUUCACAAGCUGCGGCAACUUCGUCUAUAACAUUACCAUGAUCGACUACCUCGGCAAGGUCGUCUUCGGUGGCGACCCUAGGGAAGGGAACCCCAAGCAGGAGCUGUACCAGCAGGGUGUCCAAACAGGGUCACUUGGGCUGCUAAUAACCAACAUCGUAUACAUGAUCUUCAGCCUCGUGCAUCACAAAGUCCUCAGCACUCUGGGGCCGAAAGUUGAAUAUCUCGGAGUCAGUGUUGCUAUGGUCAGUCUUCUGCUGAUUUACUGGUUGACCAACAGCUUGGCAGCAUUUUAUGUCACUUCUGGGGUCAUGGGACUGAGCAGAGCGGUAUUAAAUACAAUACCUUUCAUGGUGGCCAACGAGCAGUGUCAGAAGGAGACUGAGACAUUAUCUGGCAAAGGGAGUCAUCCUCCUGUUGGUUCCAUCCUGGGUUUAGUCACAUGUGCAAUGCCCUGUGCCUGGCUGGUAGUGUCGGCAAUCACCGGCCCACUGAUGGAUGUCACUGGUGAGCCUGCAGCCCCUCUUCUUUUUGGCAUCGUCUGCGUUGUGUUUGGUGCAGCUCUAUUUCCUUGCUACCGAUUCUAAUGUGUCUAUGAAAUGAGAUCAAGACAAAGUGAUUCACUGGGAAUGGUUGUUUCUCUGAGUACUUCUUCUGAGGGAAAAACAGGAAGAUGACUUUAUGUGAGACCCCGAAUAAAGACAAUUCCCUUUGCUACUAAUGGUGAAAUGUAUUAUAGUUGAUGCUGAACUAAAGGGGAUAGCUACUGCAAACGGAUAUGCAUCAGCACCCCAAGAAAAAUACUUGGUUCACACAUACAGUUUAAAUGUAAGCACUGCUUUCAGGAGGAUUUGACUAAUAAACUUGUGUAUCAUACUCUUACAGUAUCUAUUCCUCAAUGGUCACAUUUUCCACCACUUUUUCACCUCACACUUGAUGAACAUUGACAUCUUAAAGGAGUAAGUUUAUCUUCUCUCAGAGGCAGCUUUGUUUACACCCAAUAACUGAGUGAUUAUUAACAUAGAAAGUCACGCUUCAUCCUUUCUCAAGAUAUUUGUUAUGUUACACUGAGACACAUCUGUAAUAUUUUGGUUUUAUCAGAAUGAAUGGUACAAAAACAAUUAAAAUGACAAUGUGGUUCAAA